UGGAGCGAAUGCCGGAAGUGUCGCUGUGUGGAGCUCCUCAACACAUGCCCGUUAUUGUAGAUCUACCUUCAUUCAGACCUAACACACUCGUUUAUUGUGCAGAACUGUGACAACACAUCAACAUGAGACUAACAAACGAACUAUGCAGACGGAAUAUGGUACGUGUAUGGAAGAAAGCAUGGAAAAAAUAUGGCUCCUUUACCGAGUAUCCUGUCAAAAUAUCGCGCGAUAGGUUGAACCAAGGGAUUGAGAUCGUUGACCCUUCGAAGUCGCAAGAGUUGCCUAAGGUGACUUGGACGCCACCAGUGGAAGACGAUCCGCGUUUGUGGCGGCCUAUACCAAUGGAAGAACAGACAAACUACCAAGAUGAACCAACUCAUCUGGUCACUCCCAAAACUCGUCUUCUGAAAGGCGUUCAACAGGCUAGUAUCCUAGCCAAAGCUCACCAAAUAAACGGAUUUCCAUCGAAUGUUGAAAAUCUUGUUGGGGCGGUUGAAAUUCCAAAUCAAGAUAAUCUUGUUCAACGGUAUGUUAUGCAGUCACAAGUUUGGGAUCCAACACGCGACAAACUGCCAAAGAGAAUAGACACACGUAAAGUAGGGUGGCAUUUCCAAGCAGCGUAUGGCAUAAAGAAUGAAAAAUCAUCAACCAUUUUACUCGGCAUCAUGAUUCGUCUCUGCCAGUCUCUUGCUGGAAGGUAUCCAAGCAUUGCUACAGAUCGGCGCCUUCUGUAUAAGCCAUAUAUUGGAACCCACUACUUCCAUGAGGACAACAUGGUGUCGGUUCAAGGACUAUAUGAAUAUCUUAUAUCUGGUCAGAAAGGUUUGAAACCUUUUGCAAACGAAGAUGAGGUUGAUGCAACAGUAAUGGAACCCCUGGCUGACAUAAGUCCGAUAUCUCCCUUGAUUGAUCUGUCACCAACAAGCUGUUACAGCAUGGAUACAAUCACACAUCUAAAGAAACCUCACAGUCACGGAGUUCCACAGACACUCUUCAUGCUCAACAAGAAUUACUGGAGCACAGACCAGCGCCAAGCUCGUAGCCUUCUCUUCUGUCUAGCCUCAGCGUUAUCACAGGCCAGGAAACUGUACGGAAUAGAUGUCAAACAACUGCCAGAACCUGUCAGUGUUCAGUGUGUUAACAUGGAUCCUACGACUAUCAACUUUAUUUUCUUCCAGCUGAACACAGCAGACUUUAAGUCCAGAGAUGGCGUAAAGAACAUGGCUUGGUUCAGUGGGGAUCAUCAUUUGUUUAAGAAGGAGCUUUCACAACCGUGGUUAGGCGAGGAAUAUGAAAAGACAAAGUACAUAGACUAUGAGGCAGAUGUUUUCAAAAGAUUUCUAGCUGUGUUUCUCAAUGGUUUGCCUGGAAUUCAUUCAGAUGAAAUCCAGUCAGAAGUGAAUUCAGCACGGUCCUAGUUUGAGUUGUAGGAAGAUGCGAGAGCACAUUUUUUAAUGACGCGGACAUAGGUUUGAGUAGUGGGAAUUCCUGACAAUUGUUGAGUAUGUGCAGUGUUCACAUAGACAUUUAUUCAAGUCUGAAGAAACAUGGUUGAAGAAUUAUAUGCUUCUUAAUGUUCUCUGAAUUUAUUGUGUUAUAACUGAUAUAAAUAUCUGUGUUGCCAAAUCUGAACAUGUACAGUGUCUUUGUAAUAAACAUAGCUGGAUGUU